AUGAAGGCAUAUGAAUAUGGUAACAGGUCCAUUGUGGAGCAAGCCACUCCACAAACAAAAUACCAAAGGCCAAGUGUGGUAACACAAGCCAUUGCCCCAGCAUGCAGAAGACUGAGCUGUACAGAUCGUGGGUUUGACACCAGUGUUGGCUGCAUGUUGAGUUCCACGCAGCAGGUGGUCCGAGAGAAAGCCUCCUGCUUUGAAACCCAGGUCCGCCUCCAUGAAGAUAAGCAGCUUCCGUUAGUGACCCAGGCAGAUGUGGAGACAGAGCUGCAACAGAAAUUGAGGGUGACACACAGGAAACUUGAGGAUCGUGAAGAGGCCUUGCUGGGCCGUGCUCAGGCUGUAGACUUGCUGCUGCAGCAGGAGCUGACUUUGGCCGAACAGAGAAACCAGGUACUGUCUGCGGUCCCACUCGCUGCCAGGGAGGGCUGGUUUCUACGAUGUUAUACCGUUUCUCUUGCCCAGAUGAAGGCCCAGCUGAAAGAAAUGGAGGUUGAGAAAGAAGAGCUGGAAUUGAAAAUUAGUUCUACAACAAGUGAGCUGACCCAGAAAGCAGAAGAAGGAUUUCUGUUACAAGAGAGGAUACGUAAGCAGGGUUUAGAAAUCCAGAAUUUGAAGGCAGCCUCCCAUGAAGCUGAGGCCCACGCAGAAAGCCUGGAGCAGGAAUGGGAAAGCAGCCAACUCAAACUUGCUGGCCUGGAACAUCUGAAAGCAUUACAGCCUGAACUAGAUGAACUGCAAAAGCACACGCAGCAGAAGGAAGAAGAGGGCUACCUGUCUGGACAGCUUAGUGAGAGAGAACAGACCCUCACCAAAGUCCAGGCAGAGAUGAGGGAAGAGGAGCAUUUCAACAGGGCCCUGCACACACAGCUGGAAAUGUAGGCUAAGGAGCAUGAGGAGAGGCUAAAGCAGUUCCAGGUGGAACUUUGUGAGCUGAAGCAGAAAUCAGAAGAGGGUGAAGAAGAAGCUAAAGCAAAGCAGCAGAUACAGAGGAAACUGCAGGCGGCUCUCAUCUCCCUAAAGGAGGCAUUGAAAAAAAACAAUCUGCAAGAGGAAUUGUCUUCAGCAAGAGAUGCUAUGGCACACCUGACCAAGUCUCUCACAGAUGUUGAAAGCCAGGUUCAAAAUAAAGAGAAAGAUGUAUUCCUAAGAAAGUUAGCCCUUCUUUAUGAAGAAAGAGACAAACUCAUUGUAGAAAUGGACAAGUCUUUACUCGAAAACCAGAACCUCGGUGGCUCUUGUGAAAGCCUGAAACUAGCUCUGGAGGGGCUUAUGGAAGAAAAGGAAAAACUGAUGAAGGAACUUGAAUCUCUGAGAUGCUCUAACAUUGCAGAGAGCACCGAAUGGCAAGAGAAGCUCAAGGAGCUGCAGAAGGAGCAUGAAGUUCUUCUGCAGUCCUACGAGAACACGAGCAAUGAAGUAGAGAGGAUCCAGCGUGUGAGGCAAGAGAAGCAAGAACUGCACGGGAAGUUACGAAGCACAGAGACAGACAAAAGGGAGACAGCAAAGCACCUGCAGGAUGCAGAACAGGAAAUGGAAGAGAUGAAAGAAAAGAUGAGAAAGUUUGCUACAUCUAAACAAGAGAAGAUCCUGGAGGUGGAGGAAGAAAACGACCGGCUUAGAGCAGAGGCUCAGCCUCUAGGAGGAGCCAAGGAAAGCAUGGAUGCUCUUCUUUCUUCAAAUUCCAGCCUGAAGGAGGAACUAGAAAGGGUACAAUUAGAGUAUAAAACCCUUUCUAAGGAGUUUGAGGCUUUAAUGGCAGAGAAAAACAUUCUGAGAGAAGAGCUGAAGCUUCAAGAAGAGAGUGCACUGAAACAAGCUAGCCUAGAAGCCACUGAGAAAUUCCAUCAACAAACGGAUGUCAUCACUGAAGAAGAAACACAAGCUCUGGUAGGCAAAUCGCAAGAGCAAGAUACUCAGAGUGUGAGCGUUAAACUUGAAGAUUCGGACUGUCUUCUUUCAGCAAACAGCGCCAAGCCUGGCACUAGUGAGACUUUCGGCUCCCACGACGACAGCAGUGACCACCUCCAGCAGCCUGAGCGACUCAAGGGAAGAAUCGCUGGGUUAGAGAUGGAGAAACAGAGUGACAGGGAGCUUAGCCAGACACUAGAAAAUGAGAAAAAUGCCCUCCUGAGUCAAAUAUCGGCAAAGGAUGGCGAACUAAAACUACGUGAGGACGAAGUCACCAAGAUAAACACGUUAAACCAGCAAAUUCAAGAAGAACUUUCCCGAGUCACCAAGCUGAAAGAGAUGGCAGAAGAAGAAAAAGAUGACUCAGAGGAAAGGUUAAUGAAUCAACUGGCAGAACUUAACGGAAGCAUUGGGAAUUAUUACCAGGAUGUUACGGAUGCCCAUAAAAACGAGCAACUAGAAUCUGAGGUGCAGAACCUUAAAAAGUGCAUGAGUGACUUAGAAGAAGAAAAGCAGCAGUUGGUUAAGGAGAAAACCAAGGUGGAGUCAGAAAUACGGAAGGAGUAUUUAGAGAAGAUACAAGGUGCCCAGAAAGGACCUGGCAAUAAGAGCCACGCAAAGGAGCUCCAGGAGCUGCUGAAAGAAAAGCAGCUCGAGGUAAAGCAGCUGCAGAGGGACUGCAGUAGGUACCAGGAGAGGAUCAGCACUCUGGAGAAGACGGUUAAGGCCUUAGAGUUUGUUCAGACUGAAUCCCAAAAGGAUCUGGACGUGACCAAAGGAAAUCUGGCGCAAGCAGUUGAACAUCGCGAAAAGGCACAAGAGGAACUAUCUAGCUUCAAGGUACUGCUAGAUGACACUCAAAGCAAAGCUGUGAGAGUGCUAGCGGACAACCUCCGACUGAAAAAGGAGCUUCAGUCAAACAAAGAAGCCAUCAAAAGCCAGAUGAAGCAGAAAGAUGAAGAUCCGGUGCGAGGACUGGAGCAGGCAGAAGAAAAGCACGUGGACGAGGAGAAGAACAUGCAAGAGAAACUGGAUGCUUUGCAUGGAGAAAGGUGCAUGGAAGACACACUUGCAGAGACCCAGGUCACCCUGUCCCAGAAAGACAAAGCAAUGAAAUAGCUGCAGGAGAGCCUGGGCAGCACUGUGGCUCAGCUCGUAGCCUUUACUAAGAGCAUGUCAUCCCUCCAGGAUGACCGUGGCAGGGCGAUCGAGGAAGCCAAGAAAUGGGAGCAGAAGUUUGGUGAUGCCAUUCAAACCAAAGAAGAGAGCAGACUAAAAGAGGAGAAUUGCAUGGUUCUAAAGGAUCAGCUGCAGCAAAUGACCACCCGUGCAGAAGAACUGAAGAUCGAUAUCACCAAACUUGAACCUGACAAGGAGAUCUGGGAGUCCAAGGCCCAGACAGCUCUACAACAACAGGAAGUUUGUGAUACCCUGCAGGGGGGAAACAAAGAGCUUAUGUCCCAAUUAAGAGAUCAGCAACUGUAUCACAAUUCUAUGAAUGGAUUAGCUAAAUUGGAGUCAGAACUUAAGAAUCUCAAAGACCAGUCAACUGACUUAAAUGAAUCGUUAGAAAAAUGUAAAAACAAUAAGGAAAAUUUGGAAGAAAUUAUAAAACAGCAAGAGAAUUGUAAAUUCAAUUAUGAACAACUCAAGACAGAUCUAAGGGCCUCUAGAGAGCUGACCGGUCGGUUGCAGGACGAAAUCAGUGUGAAGGAGCAGAAGGUUAUAAGCCUGCUUUCUGGCGAGGAGGAGGCAGCUGGUGCUGAGCUGCACCGGCAACACAAUAAAGAGAUCAAAAAACUAGAAAAUCUGUUGUCCCAGAAGGAAGAGGAGAAUGUCGCCUUAGAAGAGGAAAACAAGAAGGCUGUUGAGAAAACCAAUCAGCUCAGGGAAACACUGGAAAACAACAAGGAGAACCUGGAGCAGAGGGCUCAGCUGGAUUCCUUUGUUAAAUCCAUGUCCUCACUCCAGGAUGACCGAGACCGCAUCAUAAGUGACUACCAGCAGCUGGAAGAUCAACAUCUCUCUAUAAUCUUAGAAAAAGACCAACUCAUCCAAGAAGCUGCUGCUGAGAAUAAUAAACUGAAGGAAGAAAUUCAAGGGCUGAGAAAUCAUAUGGAUGACCUCAAUUCCGAGAAUGCCAAGCUGGAUGCCGACCUGAUCCAGUACAGGCAAGACCCAAACGAGGUGAUAUCCAUAAAGAACUGUCAGCAAAAGCAACUCCUCAAGGCUCAGCGACAGCAAAAUAAGGAGCUGAAAAAUGAAUAUGAAAAACUAGAUGAGAAGCUGAAGGGGUCGGAAGAAGCUAGGCAAAGCCCACAACGGUCCUCAGAUACCCUCCAAGGGGAGAAACGAGGCUUGUCUACACAGAUUGAGAGCUUGAGGAGACAAGUGGCAGCCUUGCAGGAAGAAGGAACCCUAGGCGCCUUUCCCGACCACCGCUGCGAGCUUGCAAACAGCCAUGUCUUCACUCCAGAAUGA